AGAUAGCACAUGAGAAGACAUUCUGUAUAAAGAAACUGAACUUGCACCACAGCUGCCCAGUAGUAGGAGAGAGCACAAAAGUUACUGCUAAGUGGUUGGCACAUGAAUGUGAGCAACAGUUGAGGACAGACCCCAACACACCUGUCCAGACUAUAAUUUCAAACUUGAAGCAAAAGCAUGGAAUAGAGGUAUCUGUACAUAUGGCCUAUAGGGCAAGAAAGCUAGCUAAAAAUGUAGUCCUAGGAGAUCAGAAGGCACAAUAUCAUAGGAUAAGGGAUUACCUAGAAGCUGUGCUAGAAACCAAUCCAGGAAGUAGAUGCAUUGUCACAACAAAGCAUCUGAAACUACAUCCAAGCAAAAACCCAAGAUUCCAUGGCUUGUUCAUCUGCCUCAAUGCUUGCAAAGAGGGUUUCCUUAAUGGUUGCAGACCAUUCAUAGGUGUUGAUGGUUGCUUCAUAAAGUUGACAACAGGGCAGCAAAUCUUGGCUGCCACUGGAAGAGAUGGAAACAAUAACAUAUUUCCCAUUGCUUUUGCAAUAGUGGACAAGGAAAACACAGCAAGCUGGUCUUGGUUUCUUACUCAAUUAAAAUAUGCCAUUGGUGGUGAGUCAGGCAAGUUUGGCUACUACACUAUUAUAUCUGACAGGCAAAAGGUACUACUAUCUCUACUCUAAUCAUUGCUUGCA